GAGCACAACCCGGAAGUCUGUGCUCUGAUAGAAGAUUGGCUCUAGCGGCGUCUGAGUAAAGUUUGCCUUCGGUUUCUAGGGAAGACGCGAAUUGCCAGCUUCCCUUCCCCAGCUCGUUGCUGUUGGGUUUGUGUUGUUGUUGGGGCCUCGUCAACUGGCCAUAAUGUCCUCCGACUUUGAGGGCUACGAGCAGGACUUCGCGGUGCUCACUGCUGAGAUCACGAACCGAAUCGGGAAGGUGCCCAAGUUGCUGGGGGAUGAAAAGAGGCAAAUGGUUUCAAAUGUGGAAAAGCAACUGGAAGAAGCAAGAGAACUUCUGGAACAAAUGGAACUUGAAGUUCGAGAAAUCCCUCCACAAAGCCGAGGCAUGUAUAGCAGCAGAAUGAGGAGUUACAAACAAGAAAUGGAAAAACUUGAAGCUGAUUUUAAAAGGUCACGGAUUGCCUACAGUGACGAGGUGCGGAAUGAGCUCCUAGGGGAUGAUGGGAAUUCCUCGGCGAUCCAGUUGAUAAAAUUACGUGAAGAGAGGGCACAUCUGCUCGAUAACACAGAGAGGCUGGAAAGGUCAUCUCGGAGACUAGAGGCUGGAUACCAAAUAGCAGUGGAAACUGAGCAGAUUGGUCAGGAGAUGCUGGAAAAUCUCAGUCAUGACAGAGAGAAGAUUCAGCGUGCUCGAGAACGACUGAGAGAAACAGAUGCAAACCUGGGUAAGAGUUCAAGGAUCCUAACAGGAAUGUUACGAAGGAUCAUCCAAAAUCGGAUUUUGAUCGUUAUCUUGGGAAUCAUCGUCAUCUUCGCAGUCGUGAUGGUUGUUUAUUUCUCUGUCAGGGGACACUGAUAUCUUUGUUCUUCACUAACCACCAGUAAACUGCUUCAGAGUAAUUAAGACAAAGUGGCCACAUGAAUCAUUCCCUUACACUGAAAUGGUUCUCCCUAGCAAAGCCUGCCGUUCAACUCUGGAGCAAGUAGCAAUCAUAUUUUGUCCCAUUGUUUGCUUGUGUAUUUAAUAUUUUUCUUUGCUGUAGAAUAUGUAUUUUAAAUGAAUGGUCUGGUUUUCACAUAGCAACAUAUGGAAUGGACAUGUGUAUUUAACAUACAAGAUAACACAUGUAAUUAACAUAUUAAAUUCCAGGCCAGUUUGUUCAUGCUUUCCAUGUUGAGUUGGUAUUCAAAUCUCAGACAGAAAAUUACCUUUUAAGAUAUUAUUUGAAUAAGCAAAAACAAUAUAAAAAUAUACUGAGUGAUAUGUCAGAGAUGUAGCCCAGAAUACCCAAUAAAUGUACCACCUUUUAAUAGGAGAAUCCACUGUGAAACUAUUAUUCUACUAAGAUUAUUUUGUUAUUUCUUUUCAAACUUACUUUAAUUAUUGAUAAAUUAAUCUUUAACAAGUCACA